CCGGCGAGUGUGAACCUCAAAGGAGAAGAAAAUGAAGCGGAACCACCGUGUUGGUGUUUGGCAGCUAUGACAACGAAAUUUGAAAGUUUAAUUAAUGUGUAUAUGUGAUUUCUCUGACGAUGAAGAAGUUUUCUACGUCUGAAGUGCAUCAGAAGUCUCUCAAGUGUACUGUUUACCUGGACAUUCACGCGGUCACAUGUCCAGGAGUGCUUCUGUCCAAAAAGAACCAAAUCUACCUCAGUGCGUGUAUCAUGGGUCAGUACAGGAAGACUCCCUGUCUACCUCCUGUCUUCCCAUUACUCUUCCACCACAAAAUGGUCUUUGUCAAGACUUUUCCCGGUGCUUUUGACCCUGCUGAUGUAGCUGACCUCCUCCAAGCUGACACAACAUCUUUUGAGCUGAUUCAGUUGGUGCCUCCAGAGGGUGAGAUCCUAGCUACAAUGCAGGAAAGCAGCAGAGAUUUUUUGUACCCUGGUCCCAGACUGAGUUCAGGAGAAGGAGCUGCAGAGAGAGAAAUAAUGAUGAAAAAAUCCUCAUCCUUUGCUGGAAUCUCCCCCAAAGUGGAGUUUACUACGACAUCAGUCAUAGAAGAGAGUGAUUGGAGCGAAAGCGGGUCGACCUUGUCUAGCUGCAGCCUUUCUCCUGUGAAGCCAUCGUCCAGAAAAAGUUCAGCGAAAAAAUCUUCCCCAUCCAGACAUGUUUCCAGGACAGAUGAUGGCAACUGUGCCUCUUUGAACGAUGGAAAAGCAAAGCAAAAUAUUAAGGCUGGCAUUAAAAACUCCAAACAAUCAUCGUCAUCCAGACACUCCCCUACUCCUUUCCCGUCUAACCACAGUCACCAGAAAAAAAAGACAGAAAGAAGACAUGUUUCUGUAAACUCUGGCUACCAGCAGCCCACAGUUUCCUCAAGCACACGAGCCCUUUCCCCGUACACACACCGCAAGAUGUGCAAGCUUUCAGAGGACACCAGGCAGAGGCUCAGCCACCUCCAGCUGGGGCCUCACCACUUCAGGAAGGAGACUGAGAGCCAACCGCCCUUCUUGGUGCCUAGUUGCAGUAAUACCUCUGUGAUGGGAACUCCGUCCUCUCCUCACAAUGGCAGCAUGAAUCAACACUCUUUUAGCUUCUUGGCUAACCAAACAGAUUCCUCUCUCCAAGGAAGUUACAGACCAAAAACAGAGAAUAUGAAGUUGGGUUCUGUGAAGGUCAAAUCAUCUCCACAGAUAGAGUCCAGACAUGAAGCCCUGGCCACAUGUUCUACGCAUGAUUGUGACCCUGUUCAAUCUACACGGGCUACGUCGAACUCCAGGAGGCAUCUGAAUCUCAGCAGCCAUUCCAUCAAAGAAAGGCUACAGACCAGUCAGCCCAGUCUGUCCCACUGGGAGGAGAUCCACAGCCGAGUCCAGAGGCUCCUGCAGACACACAGACACUCUGGGCCAUCAAGUGACCAAAAGGUCAACUUCUGAUCUCAGUUAACCCUCACCACUGGACGUGAAAGACGUUUUACUGUUAUAUUGCACAGUCCACAGAGACACUACUAGACACUACUAGAUAGUUGUUCUUUUACUGUACCUGACUUUGCAUGAAAUGUUGCACUCCCACAUCUACAGAAUGAAGAUUUUUAUAUUCAGUGUUCAGAUCUCGCACACAUCUAUCUUUAUCUCAUUUGUAUGUCCCUUUACAUACAAAAAGAAAAUCCUGGAACCUGCUGAGUCAUGUUUUUCACUAUAACUUGGAAAGGCAGGUUUUGUUCCCAUCAGCUGGACUGUGUUUUCAAAUACCUUAGUGUUGAAAUUAAACUGAAAACGCCAUCUAUUUUUCUAAUGUUCUGUGUAUAAUUGGCUCCUCUAAUAAAGAAGCAGCAUUGUA